AUGGACCUCCCCACGACGGCUCAGCCGUUAGCGCUGAUCAAAAAGACGCCGCUCGUGCCGUCGCUCACGUCCAUGACCAAGUCGUUCUUGGCCAAGACGUUCCUGUCGCCCCACAUGAAGCGAUGGGGGGGCGGGCAGAGCAGUCCCACGGGCGUGGACAGCGACCUGCGCGGCCCGAGCAUCGGGGCGGCCGACGGGCGGGGCGACAUCUGCGAGAUUGUGGUCGUCGCGAUCCAAAAAGUCACGCUCUUGGCGUCGGACGGGACGCUGGACGCGCGCAGUCGCCUCAGUACGUCUGGCGCGCGUCGACGCCCCCCAUCGUCGUCCGUCUGGGGCGCGCCGACGCAGCUGUCGACGCAGCUGCCGUCUCGUCUGAUCUGUACCAUUCGCAGCGGCGGGACGACCAAAGUCUCGGCCCAGUCGGAACGGACCGAUGUUUGCGCGUUUGUCUUUGACGAGAAGUUUGUCUUUGAGCGACGGGAGCUCGACGCCCAGUACCACAACGUGACGAUCGACGUCUCGAGCGCUCCGUCGGGCUUUAGCAAGAAACACAGCUGUCUCGGCCGCGUCCAGGUCGACCUCGACGCGGCGUUCGCAGCACAGGCCACGGGCCCCAUCUAUCGGCGCUGCGCGUUGACCGCGGCCGACGGCGCGGCAAUGGACGUCGACAUUCAGUUUGUCCUGCACCGCCUCGUCGUGCAAAACGCGACGGCGGCCGCUGCCUCCCGUGUGCUCACGAGAUCGAGCGGAAGCCUCAAUGAUGACGACGAUAUGGACGCGUGCGGACAAAUUUUCCCCGAUCUGUGGUACCUCUGCUAG